AUGGCCAAAAAGGCAUCGGAUAGGAAAUCGAAAGAGAAAGAAGCAAAGAAAGUGGAUACUGGAAAACGAGCGGAAGUUAAUUUUCUUUCUUUGGUUUGGAAUGUGAUUGGAGUUCUCAUUGGUUUGGCCAUUGCUUAUCAUCAUACAUGGUAUCUGUACAUUCAGCAUGAAAAUGAAAUGUGGUUCACGAACAUCAAGCAGGUCGAAAGAGAAAUUUCUUUCAGAACAGAAUCUGGACUCUAUUAUUCUUACUUCAAGCAAUACGUUGAAGCUCCCGAUUUUUCAACUGCCAUGCAUCGAUACACCCGCGAUAACAAAACCGAAUUCCCUAAUGAAGUCAAUAUCCUCGAGCGAUUCAACAUCUACCAGGAGUUUUUCUUAGGCGUCGUCUACAAAAUUCUCAAACCAAAGCUCAUCCCGAUCAUUUGGUACACAUACCAAGUGUUCAAUCUCCAACUUAUCUACAGUUUGUCGCUGUACUUCACAGCUUGGAUGCUUUGUGGAUCAUGGGUAUGCGCUCUUCCCGCUCCAGUCUUCUUCACUCUGGCUCGAUUCGACAUGACGAGAGUCGAGUUCACCGUUCCGCUGAGAGAGUCCUUCGCUCUUCCUUUUUGGGCUCUUCAACUGGCAAUACUGACAAAAUAUUUCAAACAGGGUACUCAGCACGAUGUCAAAUAUACAGUAGGGCUUUGUUUCGCUUCUUUUUGCUUCGCGAUUUGCUGGCAAUUCAAUCAGUUCGUCUUUCUUCUCCAAGCUUGCGCGCUUUAUGGCGCUGGUGCUCUCGAUCUGGUGCCAACGAAGAAAGUGAAAGUUGUCUAUCUGUCUCUGAUAUUUUCGCUGGUGAUGACUUACAUUCUCCAGUUCUUCAAUACCAUGACUCCAAGAUCACUUGUUGCUUCCUUCAUUCCUGCAGCUUGGAUUAUGCUUUCUUGUCGUCUACGCAGAUCUAAAGACGGCGCAAUUAUUUCCUUCCUGAAGCUCAUUAUCGAAAUCAUUCUCACAAUCGCUCUCGCUACCGUUUUCCAAAUGGGAGUCAAAUCGGCAAUAGCUGUUGAGCCUGACGAGCAUAUUUUCAAAUUUCUCCUCGCAAAGUUUGAAAUCGCCGAAACGGAUGAUUUCGACGCAAAGGAAAGGUUAGAAGACAACUUAUAA